AUGGGCGGGCCAAGCGAACCACGACAACCAGAGACUCCUCGAGUCGCAUCGCAACCAACUUCCGCCAUCAACGAGGAUGGCAUUGAAGAAGGACAACUCACCGGACCACAAAUCAACGUCGCGGAAAGAGAAGAUGUCCCUCCAGACGGCGGCUACGGAUGGAUUGUUACAGCAUGUGUCUUCCUGAUCAACGCCCAUACCUGGGGAGUGAAUGCUGCGUGGGGAGUGUUCCUCGCCCACUUCCUCUCCGAAUCGACAUUUCGACAUGCAACGCACCUCCAGUAUGCUCUCAUCGGCGGCCUUUCAAUCUCUCAAGCACUCCUCGUUUCUCCUCUCGUGGCCAUGACCAACGAGAAGCUGGGUACGAGAGUUAGCUUGCUGUUCGGCACCGUCUUGGUCUCCGUUUCAAUGCUGGCUUCAUCGUUUGCCACCGAGAUCUGGCAUCUGUUCCUGAGCCAGGGUGCUUGCUUCGGGUACGGCAUGGGCUUCCUAUACAUCACUGCUUCCGCUGUCCUCCCACAGUGGUUCUCCCAACGACGGAGCCUAGCUGUUGGGCUUGCAUCAUCUGGAGCUGGAAUUGGAGGCCUCGCAUACAACCUUGGAGCCGGUGCAGGCCUUACUGACUUGGGUUGGCGUUGGACAUACAUUGUACUUGCGAUCAGUACGCUAGUUGUCAAUCUCACCAGCGCCAUCCUCCUCAAAGAUCGCAACAAGCUGGUCCAACCGUACAAGCGAAGCUUCGACAUUCGGGAACUCGGCCACGUCUCGACUCUGCUCAUUGUCUGCUGGGGAUGGCUCACCGAGCUUGGAUAUAUCACCCUACUCUACUCACUUCCCAACUACGCACAGUCUAUUGGCCUCACUGCAAAGCAAGGAUCCAUUGUGGGAGCUGUGCUGAACUUGGGCCUUGCACUCGGUCGACCACCCAUCGGCUACUGGUCGGACAGAUUUGGUCGCAUCAAUGUGGCUAUAUUCAUGACUGCGCUAUGUGGCAUAUUCUGCUUGGCUAUCUGGGUGCCGGCAAAGUCAUACGCAGUCCUGCUGGUAUUCGCUCUUUUUGCUGGCACUGUGACUGGAACUUUCUGGGCCACGGUCGUGCCUGUGACGGCAGAGAUCGUUGGCAUGCAACGAUUGCCACUGGCAUUCGGCAUGAUCUGCGUGCCUUUGGUCCUACCAACAACGUUCGCCGAAGGAAUAGCACUCGAGCUAGUCUCGACAUCAGGCUACCUGACGGCCCAGGUCUUUGUCGGCUGCAUGUACUUUGCUGGAGCGGCAAGCAUUUGGGGCUUGAGAUCCUGGAAAAUGCGCGAACUUGACGAGGAUAAGAAGAGAGCGCAGGAGGGAAGGUUCCCGAUCCCUGCUGGCUCACCAAGAAGACAUGAUCAGAUUUGGCUGACGUCGAGGGGGCUGCUAUCUCCACAGAAAAUCUGA